AUGGUGGCAGGCGAGGAGCGAGACCGUAUGAUGGAGCGGCUGAAUGAAUUUCGGAGGUGCAAUCCCCGCAUCUUCUACGGGAAAAAGGCGGAUCACUGGGUGGUAGAGAAAUGGCUGAUGCAUAUGGAGAAGCUAUUUCAUAAUACCUUUGUUGAGGAGCGAGACCGGGUUUGGUUCGCGACACACCAUCUGAACGGCGAGGCCUAUCGGUGGUGGACAGAUAUUCGUGAGGAUCCCCACGCUGAUUUAGCCGCUAUUACAUGGAAAAGGUUUAAAGAGUUGUUGUACACAACCUAUUUCCCGCAAAGUGUGAAGAGGAAGAUGGAGAGAGAUCUGCGUAGUUUGCGACAGGGGGAUAGGAUUGUUGCCGAGUACGAGCGGGAGUUUUUUCGGCUUUUGCAUUGUGUUUCGUUUGUGGUUAGGGACGAUGAGGAUAAGGCCCGUAUCUUUGAGGUGGGUUUGCGACCGUCAAUUUUCAGACUGGUUUAG